CACUACAAAAACUAGUCUCUUCAUAUAUCAAAGGGAUUUUCAGCGGCGACAAUUCCCCCUGCCAUUUCUGUCUCUCUCUUCGCCGGCGACAAUGGUGAACGUUCCUAAGACAAAGAAGACCUACUGUAAGUCAAAGGAGUGUAAGAAACACACUUUGCAUAAGGUCACACAAUACAAGAAGGGCAAAGAUAGCUUAGCUGCUCAGGGAAAGCGUCGUUAUGAUCGCAAGCAGUCUGGUUAUGGUGGUCAAACAAAGCCCGUCUUCCACAAAAAGGCAAAAACCACAAAGAAGAUUGUGUUGAGAUUGCAAUGCCAGGGUUGUAAACAUGUGUCACAGCACCCAAUCAAGAGGUGCAAGCAUUUUGAGAUUGGUGGGGACAAGAAAGGAAAGGGAACCUCUCUUUUCUAGAUUGCCUGUGAAGCAAAACGUGACAGAUCUUUCUCCCCUUCUGUUCUGUUACACUCUUCAGAUACUUUGGUUGCAUUUGACGUAGUGCAGGAGUUUUCGUUAUUGAAUCAUGCGAUCAAUUUUGUGCUCUCUUAGUGACAUAUCUGAUCAGGAGACAAAAUGAAUAUUUCAAGUUUUUGGUUUAGUAAUUUGCUAUUGUCUUAUUGAUGCUUAAUCUAUUGCAAGAAAGUUAUGCUGCUCUACCGCACUUGGCUGCAUCAAUUUGUAUGUUGGGAUUCUAUUAUAGUUUUGAUUAUCCAAAGUAGUCUAUAUUGAAACACUUGCUUUGGUUAAUGUUUA